UUGUAUAAAGUGUCAAGUUGUGUCUGUUUUUCCCGAACCAAAAUGGUCAAAACAUUUAAAGAUAUUUGGCCUCCUGUGCAGCAGCCUUCCGAACACCCCAGUUUGCUGUCAAGUGCAAUCACUCUCUUCAGUUUACAUGACCUUUACGAUGACACUGAUCUUCGAGCAAUUAACAAAUCAAAUGCUCUUUUCGCAUACGACGGUUAUAAAUCGUCAUCGUCGGAAGAUUACGAUUCAGAAACAACUUUAUAUAAAAAGAAUGCUUCUCAGACGUUCCGAGAUAGUAAAUGGUUUAAAAGUGCUUGCAUUUGUGUUGUAAACGACUGUUUUACGAUGCUAUCAGUGAUUGCAGCUGCACAUAGCACCGAUUCUUGGCAGCAAAGAGAGGAACCUUUGUUGUAUCAAACUUUAGAAGAAAGAUAUGGGUUUCACACUGAAGAAAAUUACGGUGAUUACGUUUUAAAUGCAAAUUAUACAAACAUGCACAAGCUACAAAAAGACAUCAAACACGUCUUAAAACUCCUUGGGGAACUAGCUGACGAAAUUUAUGUUUUCAACGCAGCCACAUCUCUGUCUGUUUAUGCUGAAGCACACGAAAAAAUGAAGGAAGAAGAAAUUCAAUUCAUGGCGGAGUAUUUCAAAAAAGAGGAAUAUUUCCAACAAUUACAGAAAUCUUUGAAAACUAAUAAAGAAGAUACUCUGAAGGAGUUUCAAGAGAUGGAUAAAGUAGUAGAUGAAAUGACUGCAGAUUUGAAGGAUCUGAUGGAAUAUUCGAAUACGUCUUUGAAGUACACAAAAAUGUGGCAAAGCUCACGUGAGGAACAAAAUUCGUCAACUCUUGAACGCAAAGAAAACACAUUUGUUGACGUAAUAGUCGGUAUGGAUAAAAAAAUUGAAUUGGAGCAGGUUUGCCACGUAGAUAUCGAACGUUAUUACACAUUGGCAAAAGAAGACGGUUUAGACGAAAUUCAACGUUGGAUGGACAAAUAUGAUCAAGAAUAUGAAGAACAAGAAAUGAGAAUUUUAAAAACUAAACAUAACACUCAAACCGUUAUUGAGAAAAAAGAGAAACUGCAAAGUUUGUAUGAAAUUAGAGAGAAAGAAAUGGAGGAAUGGUUGGAGUACAAAAGAAUUAAAAAAGAACAAGAAGAGGAAGAAGCUUUGAGAGAGUGGGCUGCUAUUAAAAUACAAGCGUGGUGGAGACUAGUUAUGGUUCGGAGAAAACUGGGACCUUUCAAGAAAAAGAAGAAAGGCCAAAAAGACAAAAAGAAGAAGAAUAAAAGUAAAAACUAGGCACUUUAUUAUGUUAGGUUUUAUGUCUCUAUUUUAUUUUUAAUUAUUUGUGUACGUCUGUGAGAGAAAUAUAUAUUUCAAUUUUA